AUGCCUCAACGAGCAACGAUGCUCAUGCUUCUCACAACCACGCUCACCGCUGCACAGUCCAACCUAACAGCCCAAGUACCGGCUCAGGACACCUACCAACUUCCCCGAUCGUUCAACAGCAGCUUCGACAACCAUACCAGUGCUGCAUCACAAGCCAUCGCUGCAGCCCGCAAUGCGAGUUUCGUUUCGUACGACGAAGACUUCCUCCGCAUCGUUGGCGACGAUUCCAAAGUGAGGCUUCUAGCAACGAGCAGCAACGAGAAAGUUUCUUUCGCCUUUGAAGGCGGCAUCUGGGUGCCAGAGACGAAUCAAGUCUGGUUUACUGCCUACCUUGACCCGACUCCAGGAUACCUGUCGAUCCUCGAUCUGAACGUCUAUGUGACCACCUUUGGUGACCCCGAUACCACCCCGGCGAUCGUGGCUAUCAACCCGCAUACCUACCAUGCCGAGGAAGUGGUCAACUCAUACUUCGGACUUCCGCUGAACGGACCGGACGAUGUGACCGUCGCAGUGUCCCGUGCUACGGGCGAGCAAUGCGUAUUCUUCACCGACUUCUUCCUCAACGAAGAAGGUCUCGGUGUGGCCACCUACCCUGGCCCCUCCAAGCUGCCGUACUUCGUGUGGCGGCCCGUGAUUGGCACUCUGGAGAUCCAGGAUCCGAAUGGCCUCGCCGUCGACAAGGCGAACUCUCUGCUGUACGUCACAGACGGCCCGCAUUCAGCUGUCUUCCAGAGCGGACCGAAUCACACUCUACCGAGCUUUGCUGGCAUCUAUCAGUACGACCUCGGCGGUGCGGACGGGUGCACGCCGCUCAACAAGCGACUGUUCGCCUUCGCGCGGCAGGGCUUCGCAAACGGCAUCAAGGUGGAUGAUGCCGGGAGAGUGUGGACUGCAGAGUACGAAGGCGUAGUGGUGCGUAACGGCACGAGCGGGAAGGUGUUGGGUGUAUUCAACGCCGUGGACAUCAUCAUGGCGAAUAGCGAGAAUCCGGUGAACGUGAGGGAUGUGGCUCCUUUGGCCAACUUUGCACUCGUGGGAGACGAGUUGGUAAUACUGGCGUUCGACCGGAUAUUUGGCGUGAAGCUGGCGGAGAUGGUGAUUGAUCCAGAGAGAUAUAACAUUCGCUAG